UACAACAGCACCCACCACAUCACUAAAUACUGACACAGAAACUACAAGUGAGCCCUCAACAUCACUAGCAACAACAAUAGAUAUUACAACAGAGACCAUUACAACAUCAGCUCGUACAGAAACGACAAUGGCACCCACUACAGUGCUGGAUACGACAACAGAAACUACAUCUGAAGCCACUACAGCACCAAUACUGUCCACUGCAGCAGAAACCACAGUGGCACCCACUACAACACCCAGCAUAAUAGAAACUACAACUGAACAAACUGCAACAACAAUAACCUCUACUAUGACAGAAACUACAGCAGAACCCACCACUACUACAGAAACUAUUUCUGAACCAACUACAUCUUUAGCUCCCACAACAGUAAUUACUGAACAAAUUACAUCAUCAGCUUCUAUAGAAACUACAAUAGCACCCACCACAUCACUGGCUACUACAACAGAAACUACAACAGCACCCACCACAUCACUAAAUACUGACACAGAAACUACAAGUGAGCCCUCAAAAUCACUAGCAACAACAAUAGAUAUUACAACAGAGACCAUUACAACAUCAGCUAGUACAGAAACAACAAUGGCACCCACUACAGUGCUGGAUACGACAACAGAAACUACAUCUGAACCCACCACAGCACCAAUACUGUCCACUGCAGCAGAAACCACAAUGGCACCCACUACAACACCCAGCAUAAUAGAAACUACAACUCAACCAACUGCAACUCCAAUAAGAUCUACUAUGACAGAAACUACAGCAGAACCCACCACUACUACAGAAACUAUUUCUGAACCAACUACAUCUUUAGCUCCCACUACAGAAAUUACUGAAAGAAUCACAUCAACAGCUAAUAUAGUAACUACAAUAGCACCCACCACAUCGCUGACUACUACAACAGAAACUACAAUAGCACCCACCACAUCACUGGCUACUGACACAGAAACUACAAGUGAGCCCCCAACAUCACUAGCAACCACAAUAGAUAUUACAACAGAGACUAUUUUAACAUCAGCUAGUAUAGAAACUACAAUGGCACCCACUACAGUGCUGGGUACUACAACAGAAACUACAUCUGAACCCACUGCAGCACCAGUACAGUCCACUGAAGCAGAAACAACAAUGACACCCACUACAACACUCAGCAUAAUAAAAACUACAACUGAACCAACUGCAACUCCAAUAACAUCUACUAUGACAGAAACUACAACAGAACUCACCACUAUUACAGAAACAAUUUCUGAAUCAUCUACAUCUUUAACUACCUCAACAGUAAUUACUGAAAUAAUUACAUCAACAGCUAACAUAGAAACUACAAUAGCACCCACCACAUCACUGGCUACUACAACAGAAACUACAAGUGAGCCCCCAUCAUCACUAGCAACAACAAUAGAUAUUACAACAGAGACUGUUUUAACAUCAGCUAGCACAGAAACGACAAUGGAACCCACUACAGUGCAGGGUACGACAACAGAAACUACAUCUGAACCCACUACAGCACCGAUACUGUCCACUGCAGCAGAAACAACAAUGGCACCCACUACAACACUCAGCAUAAUAGAAACUACAACUCAACCAACUGCAACUCUAAUAACAUCUACUAUGACAGAAACUACAACAGAACCCACCACUACUACAGAAACUAUUUCUGAACCAUCUACAUCUUUAGCUACUGCAACAGAAAUUACAUCUGAAACCAUUACAUCAGCUACUACACAAACUACAAUAGUACCCACCACAUCACUAAAUACUACAACAGAAACUACAAUAGCACCCACCACAUCACUGGCUACUGACACAGAAACUACAAUUGAGCCCCCAACAUCACUAGCAACCACAAUAGAUAUUACAGCAGAGACCAUUACAACAUCACCUACAACAGAAACUACAAUAGCACCCACCACAUCACUGGUUACUACUACAGAAACUAAAGCUGAACCAUCUACAUCUUUAGCUACUACAACAAAAAAUACAACUGAAAAGAUUAAAACUUCAACUACUACAGAAACUACAACACCACCUACUAUAACUGAAUCAACUUCUACACCAAUAGUAUCUAAUAUAACAGAAACUAUAAUGGAACCCACUGAAACAGUAACUACUACAAAAUAUAUUACAAUUGAGACACCUUCAUCACCAGCCAAUACAACAGAGAGUACAACCGAGUCCACAAACAUUCUGAGUACUAUAAUGGAAUCUACAAUCGCACCCUCCACAACAAUAACUAGUACUAGAGAAACUAUAACGGAUUCCCCUGUAACACCAAUAAUGCCGCUUAGAACAGAGCCUACAGCAACACCCAACUCAACACUUACUACUACAAUAGAAACUACAACUAAACCUGCUACACCACUUGCUGCUACAACUGAAUUUACAGCUCAGUCCACCAUAACGUUUGCAACUUCAACUGAGAGUACAUCUGUAUCCAAAGCAGCAGUGUUGACUACAACUAACAGGGCAACACAGGUCUCUACAACUCUGUCCACUAGAAAUGCAUCCACUACAGCAGUAGAUUCUACACCAUACUCUACAGCUGCAACCACAACAACUCUGGCUACUACAAUAAAAAAUACAGCUCAGUCACCUACAACACUGGCUACUACACCAGAAUCUAUAAAUGCAUUCACUAUAACAGAAACUCCAACUGAGUCAACCACAAUGCCACAUAAUACAACGGAAACUACAAAUGCAUCCACUACAACACACACUGCAAUGGAAACUACAGUGGGGCCCAUCACAACACUAACUACUACAACAGAAGAUACAGCGGUAUUCACCACAAGUAUAGCUCCUACAACAGAAACUGAAAGAGAAACAAAUUCUACAUCAGUACCCACCACAACACCCAACUCUACAGCUGCACCAACAACAAUGGACACUACAACAGAAUCCAUUACAACACUAUCUACUUCAACAGAAACUACAGUGGCUCUCACCACAGCUAUAGCUGCUACAACACAAACUACAAGUGAAACUAAUUCUACAACUGGACCCACCACAACACUUGCUCCAACAUCCAACUUUACAGCUGAACCACUAACAAUGGCCACUACAACAGAAUCCAUUACAACACAGGUUACUACAACAAAAACUAAAGCUGAGUCCUCAGCAAUUUCACCAUAUACCACAAAUACUACAACUGAGUCCCCUACAACUUUGGCUACUACAUCAGAAACCUCAACAGAACCCACUACAACAAAGUCUACAACAGCAGAAAAGAUGACAGAUUCCACUACAACACAGGCUACAACAAAAACUACACCUGAGUCCACAGCAGUUCCACAUACUAUUGCAAAAACUACAACUGAGUUCUCUACAACACUGGAUGAUACAACAGGAAAUACAACAUUUGCUGCAUCUACGUCCACUAGAGCAGCAGCAACUACAAUAACAACUCCAGCUGAGCUCGGCACUGGCACCUUAUCACAUCCAACAAAUUCCUUCCCGGCACCAAAUACGACUUCUGUGAUUAAUACCAGCAUUAAAUUCAACAACACUACUAGAGGGAUAGAAACAAUUUAUUCCACUGCCUCACAGACAAGCACAGCAACAACUGCAGUGCUUAACUUCAAAAUACGGAGCUCUGCCCUCGUCGAAGAAAACGUGGAUGAUGUAAUAUAUGCCCUAUUAAAUAAGACUUGCUCCAUAUUUAUUCUGGAACUCAACAGCAGGGAUGUGACUUUAACCUGGGGGACAAAUCGGACAUCAGUGAAUUGUGCCUCAAUGGGGAUAAUCUAAUCACUUAGAGAGACUCGGCGAGACAGUAAUAAUUUAUUUGCACUAUUUUUUUCACUACCCUGGGAGGGUCGCUAGUCAUUGGUCAAGGCCAAGUCAUUGACCUGGCACAUAAUCUAUCAGCCAGGGAAUUGUCUGUACCAGUGUGCAUAGAAUGGGGGUUAUAACUGCUAAAAUAAUGAACACGUGCUGGUGAGGACAGUGUGUAUUACUAACUGUGAAGAGGACACAUUAACGUUUCUAAUUUAGAGAAAAUACAUUUAUAUUUUAUUAUACUAUUACACUUUGUUACUAUACUGCUGCUAAUACAAGAAAUGGCUGUGUAACUAAGGGGGAAGAUACUAGUUAAACGUCUAUGAACAAGGCUUAAUUUAAUAUCUAUUUAAGUUCUGUAUAUAAUUUUGACUCUAUAAAAAGGUAUUGGGGUGGAAAGAGGUAUAAGGAUCUAGGAUUUACUAUUUAACCAUAAUCAUUUGUUUCAUUUGUCUAUUCCAAAAAUGAGCCAUUGGCCACCAUCCUUCCCCUGAGGAGCUGUCUUCAGGCUGAGCUCUGAGUAUACCCUUACUGUUGUUACUUGUUUAAUGUUUUUGUCACUUGUGCAAAUACGAGGCUUUCUAACAUUCCAUUGAUAAAGACUAUAAAAGUACUGGGUGAAAUUAAUUGGA